AUGCCUGAUAUCACAUCCCUGGAGAACCACUCACUGGACGGCGGUGUUGUCCAGAAUGACAAUCUCCAGGACCAAAUCGGAAAGGAUGCAUUCCCCUGUCAUCCACUAGGAGUAAAGCCGAGUGGCAAUGCUUUGCUUGCUAAUGAGAAUCACCGCGAUGCCAUUGGAACCUUCAAUUUCCUGCCCGAUGAGUUGAUCUUGAUGCUGCUGGAAUCUCUGGAUGGUCCCAGUCUUCUGCGAUUUGGCCGGACAUGUAAGGCUUUCUAUGCAUUCACUAGGGCGGAGGAACUGUGGAAGGCGCUGUUUAUCUGGUCUCCCCCUUCCUCGUUCACUUGGAGAGGAACAUGGCGUUCGACCUAUCUCAAUCUGCCUCCGUCCAAGACUGCCCUUCUCGACUGCUCUAGUCUAUACUCCGAUGUCCUCCACCGUCCGUUCUACUGUGCGCACAUUGGCCUCGGUCCCUAUGUCAACAAUAUCCCUUCAAGAAAUCAGAUUGCUCGGCUUCGGGACCUCUCUCCAGAAGAAUUUCACGCAGAAUGGACAGACAAGCCCUUCAUCCUGACCGAGCCGGUCAAGAAGUGGCCAGCCUACAUGAACUGGUCUGUCGACUCUCUGCUGGCCAAAUAUGGAGAUGUGAAAUUUCGUGCCGAGGCUGUCGACUGGAAGCUGGAUACCUAUGUGGAUUACAUGCGAAACAAUUCGGAUGAAAGCCCUCUGUAUUUGUUCGAUAGGGCCUUCGUGUCAAAUAUGGGACUCAAGGUUGGUCCACCAGAAGAAGAGCUCGAGGCGACAUACUGGCCUCCUCCGUGCCUUGGAGAAGACUUCUUCUCCGUGCUAGGGAACGAUCGCCCCGACAGGCAGUGGCUGAUCAUCGGUCCCGAGCGGUCCGGGAGUACGUUUCACAAAGACCCGAACGCAACCAGCGCGUGGAACGCGGUGAUUCGCGGCUCCAAGUACUGGAUCAUGUUUCCAUCCUCGUCAAGACUUCCGCCGCCGCCUGGUGUCUUCGUUUCCGAUGAUCAAAGCGAAGUCACGUCACCGCUGAGCAUCGCAGAAUGGCUGCUUGGUUUCCAUACCGAAGCACGACGUACCCCGGGCUGCAUUGAAGGUAUCUGUGUUGAAGGGGAGAUCCUUCACGUUCCCUCUGGAUGGUGGCAUCUGGUCGUGAAUUUGGAACCGUGUAUUGCCAUCACACAGAACUUUAUUCCGCGUGCGCAUCUGACCGCUGCUCUCGACUUCUUAUCCAACAAAGCCGAUCAGGUCUCCGGAUUCAGGAAAGAGGUGCAUAACCCCUACGAGCGGUUUGUUGAUAACAUGCGCAAGCUCCACCCCGAACUGCUCCAGCAAGCGCUUGACGAUCUGCAAAGAAAGGCCGACGGCAAGAAGCGCAAGUGGGAUGAAUUAGUUCAUGGAAAGCUGGACCAAAAUGAGACUGAAGAUGCAUCAGAAGGAGGCGGCUUCAGCUUUGGCUUUGGAGAUGAUGGGAGCGAUGUGGAAGUUCCUUGA